AUGGCAGAAAGUGGAAGGAUUGAGCAUAUGUUUGAGAAGUUGGCUGAAAUCCUCACCGUUAAGGAACUUGUGAAGCUGGCUCAAUUAUUUUUGGCGAGGACUUCUGAACUAAUGUCAGCUACAGAAGAGUCAAAUGUGAAGGAGAAGAUGGAACAAUUGCAAGGAAGCUCAAGGGGGAGCGAGUUUCCAAAGGAAAAUAAAAAGGCAACUAUGCUCGGCAAUCUCAUCAAUCUCGCUCGUCCUGACAAAGGUGCAUCUAGACAUGUCACGGGUGCAUCUAGUGAGUUUGAAUCAUAUAGUGCAUAUCCAUCCACACAUAGUGAGACUAUUCAAACAGCUGAUGGAACAUGCCAACCUAUUAAAGGUGUUGGUUCAGUUUCUUUUGAUCGGGAAAAUUGCAUCAUUGAGGACAAGAAGACUGGAAAAGAACUUGGAAUUGGCAUUAGGUACGGUGGGCUAUGGUUCCUAGACCGAAAGAAAGAUGACAAGUUCUUGGGCACUGCACUGACAGCAAGUAUGAAUGAAGAUGAAGCUAAAGUGAUGCUCCAACAUUGUCGAUUAGGCCAUUUAUCAUUUGAUACUAUGGUAAAAGUGUUCCCAGAGAUGAUGAGGAAGGUGGACAGGAGAAAGCUUGUGUGUGAUGCAUGUGAAUAUGGAAAGCAUACAAGAUCGACAUAUGAAAGAAUGAAUUUAUUGUUCCACCAAAGGUAUUUGGAUGCACUUGCUUUGUCAGGGAUCAUAGGCCUUCGAGCAGUUAAGUGUAUAUUUGUGGGGUACUCAUCAAGUAGAAAGGGAUAUACUUGUUGGUGUCCCACUGAAAGACGACUAUUUGUAAGUAUGGACGUGACAUUUCGAGAAUCUGAACCCUAUUAUGGGGAGAAGACUGAUUUGAGUUCCUUGUUUGAGCUUAAUGGUCAAAGUAGUGAGGAUGGUCAAGAGGGGGAGGAUGACAUAGAUGUGCCACAAGACAAGGAAGAAAAUCAAUCAAGGGGAUCAGAAACUAUCACAGGAUUGAUUCCAUACAAUGUGGGUAAUGCCCAAGUAAAUGAGAGGCAAGAAAAUAUGGGCAAUAUAAAUAUACAUGCAAGGCAAGAACAAGGUACUCUUCGAGUUUAUACUAGAAGAAAGAAGACAGUUGAAGUGCAGCCAGUACACCAGCAAGUUGAGCAACCACAAUUGGUAGAGCAGCAAGAGGAGCAACCAGAGUGUUUAGAUGUUGAUGUUACUGGUACUGAGGUUGAUCGGUCUAUAGAAACAGGGGGAGAAGAGGUCGAACGCUCUACAGAAACAGGGGGAGAAGAGGUCGAACCUUCUAUUAACCUGCCUAUUGCUUUAAGAAAGGAAGCAAGGAGUACAGCUAGAAAACCUCCAACAAGAUAUGGGUUUCAGCAUGAUAUAAGUAAUUAUGUCUCAUAUGAAUCAUUGUCUCCCACAUAUAGAGCAUUUAUUGCAUCAUUACAAUCCACAAAAAUCCCUAAAGAUUGGAAAGAAGCAAAACUAGAUCCUAAGUGGCUGUAUGUUGAUGAUAUUAUUAUUACCGGUGAUGACACUUUGGAAAUAGCUCGACUUAAGGAAAACCUAAGCAAAGAGUUUGAGGUCAAGGAUUUGGGUCAACUUCGAUACUUUCUAGGCAUUGAGAUAGCAAGAUCUGCUAGAGGAAUUGUCCUUUCACAACGAAAGUAUGUUCUUGAUUUGCUAAAUGAUACAGUCUAUAGAAUCUUGAGGUAUUUGAAGAGUAGUCCUGGGAAAGGAUUAUGGUUCAAGAAAAAUAAUCACCUAAAUGUGGAAGGCUAUUGUGAUGCGGAUUGGGCAAGCUGUCUAGAUGACAGGAGGUCGACGUUUGGCUAUUGCAUCUUUGUUGGAGGAAAUCUAGUAUCAUGGAGGAGCAAAAAGCAGCCAGUGGUGUCUCGAUCAACGGCAGAGGCAGAAUAUAGAGCCAUGUCUGUGUGUCUAAGUGAGAUGUUAUGGGUGACGAACUUGUUGUCUGAGUUGAAGCUAGGGAAAGAUCAUCCUUGA